UCGAGAAGCAAAACGCGGAAACGCCUGAGAACGAAUCGAAACGAACCUGAGCUGAGUUUUAAUUUAAAUUCAAUUUUUCAUACUCUGUGUGUUUUGGCGGGUUUUUUCCCCCCACCGCCGACCAACGAUCGACCGAGCGUUGACACAUAUAAAUCAGAGCAAAUUGCGGCUAGUUGUGAAUGAGCCAAGUUAAGGCGGAGAUUGCAGCGCGCGCAGCUUUCGAAUCUAUCUCAAGUGUGGUAAUUUCUGUUGGCUAAUUGUGCAAGUAAAAGAUACGAAACGUGGUGUGUGUGUGUGUGCUGAAGUGUGUGUAUUUGCCAGUGGCAGCAGUGUGUGUGCGUGCUCACUCAAUCUUUGCUCAAUCGCAAUCUUUGGGCAUUGCCAAAACUGGUUAACUAAAAGCAAACGUGUUCUUUACGUUUUUUGUGUUGACUUUGCCAGCCGCAAAGCCACAGAGUUAGUCAGCAAAAUCACAAAAAAAAACAACAACUAACAACAAAACCAAAAGUACACAAAUUACAGCAAAAAAAGAUAAUAACAAAUUGUGGCAACAGUGUUCCUGUGGCAAUAAAGUCAGCCAACUGCAACGAAGAGAGCUCUAGUACCCGCUAAGAACCCCGAGGAAGUCAGACAGCCGCGGAAUGGACGCCGCCGCCGAUGGAGUACCGCCAGCGGCGCCAGCAGCAGCAGCAACAACGGCCAACAGCGAUCUGGACUUGGCGGCCCGACGACGGCUCUUCAUUUCACAGCCUUCAACUUUGGCUACGCGCCGCCAGCAGGCGGUUUGUGUGCGUCGUGCCCACAAGAUGUAUGGAAGCAGCAAGAAUCCCAAUGUCGUACUCGAUGGCCUGAACAUGACAGUGCCCAAGGGCUCCAUAUAUGGUCUCCUGGGUGCCUCUGGAUGUGGAAAAACAACGCUUCUCAGUUGCAUCGUCGGACGACGUCGCCUCAAUUCGGGUGAGAUUUGGGUGCUCGGCGGACGUCCAGGAUCGCGUGGUUCUGGAGUGCCAGGACCUCGAAUUGGCUAUAUGCCACAGGAGAUAGCCCUUUACGGCGAAUUCACAAUGCGUGAGACUUUAAUCUACUUUGGCAUCAUUUCGGCCAUGGCCCGCAGCGACAUCGAGGAUCGCACCGAAUUCCUCCUAAAAUUGCUCAAUUUGCCAAAUGCGUCGAAAUUUGUCAAGAAUCUUAGUGGUGGCCAACAGCGAAGAGUGAGUCUGGCAGUGGCCCUGCUCCACGAACCGGAGCUCCUCAUCCUGGAUGAGCCCACAGUGGGCGUGGAUCCCGUAUUGCGACAGAGCAUCUGGGAUCAUUUGGUGGACAUUACGAAAAAUGGUCAUACGACUGUGAUAAUCACCACACAUUACAUCGACGAAUGUGCCCAGGCACAUAUGAUUGGCCUCUUGCGUGGUGGCAAAAUGCUGGCCGAGGAAUCACCGGAUUACCUAAGGCAGCAGUACAAUGCCGAGUCACUGGAGGAUGUUUUCCUGAAGCUCUCCGUUAUGCAGAAUAUGGGAAAACGCCGACGCUCCUCAAUUGCCCAGGAAAUUGUCGAGCAGGUGACCGUGCCGGCAAUCUCGAAUCCAGCUCUGGACAUGUCAGAUGAGCAACAUGCCGCGGAGAUAUCCGGCGAGUUUGGUGACAAUAUCUCAAUGUCCUCGGCAGCCAGGGAUCCGAUUACCACCACCACGCCGGCAGCUCCACCAUUGCCUCCGGUUCAGGAGACACCUACAUCGUUUUGGUACAAUCUUCAUGUGAUGCAAUCGCAUCACCUACACGCCCUGAUCUGGAAAAACUUUCUGUGGAUGAUGCGGAAUGUGGGGGUUAUGCUGUUCAUUGUCGGCCUGCCGGUGGUCCAGAUACUACUCUUCUGCUACGCCAUUGGGCAUGAUCCCACCGGACUCAAAUUGGCCGUGGCAAAUCACGAGAUGUCCAGUGAAAUGAUUAUGGAACAAUUCUGCCCGGUGAACACCGGAUGCAAUCAGACGAUGCUGAGCUGCCGUUAUCUCGAUAUGCUGGUCAAGAACAAGAGCAUGGUUGUGAAAUAUGUAAACGAUGAUGAAUUAGCCUACGAGGAGGUUAGAAAAGGCAAAGCCUGGGCAGCCAUAGUGAUCCAACCGAACUACACUGCCUCUCUGAUGGAACGCGUUGAGGAUGGUCGCUAUGCAGAGGAUGGUACCAUUGAAUCCUCCGAUCUGUCAGUACGCAUGGAUUGGUCCAAUCAACAAAUCUCCCAGCUUAUGUAUCGUGAUCUUCAGUUUACAUUCUUCAACUUUGUGGGCAAUAUGCUAGGCGAUUGUGAUUUGAACCCAAAACUAGGACAUGUUCCCGUCGAAUUUGAGCAACCCAUCUAUGGCUAUCGCAAUCCCAACUUUACGGACUUUGCCGCCCCGGGUGUGAUCCUGACCAUUAUCUUCUUUUUAUCCGUGGCCAUAACAUCGGGUGCGAUGCUGAUCGAGCGGAAUGAGGGCAUGUUGGAGCGUUGCCUGGUGGCGGGAAUAACUGGUCCAGAGAUCUUGCUUUCCCAGGUGGUCACCCAGUUCACCGUGAUGCUGAGCCAAACGAUCUUCGUACUUAUCGUUAGCUUCUAUUUCUUUGAGCUAACCCUGGUGGGUGAUAUAUGGCUCGUGGUGGCUCUCUGCAUCCUCAAUGGUCUUUGUGGCAUGAGCUUCGGUUUCGUCAUCUCCUGCGCUGUGGACACUGAGCGAACGGCAACAUAUGUGGCCAUGGGAUCCUUCCUGCCCAUCGUUAUGUUGUGUGGAAUUAUUUGGCCAAUUGAGGGUAUGUUCCCGCUGCUUCAGUUCGCCACGGCUUUCCUGCCCCUGACCAAGCCCACGGAAUCAAUGCGAUCGAUCCUGCAACGCGGCUGGGGCAUCGAUAAUCCCACAGUGUAUAAUGGCUUCAUCUCGAUUUCGUCUUGGGUUCUGGUGUUCCUCAUCCUCACCAUCUUGCUGCUGAAGUUUAAGAAGGGUUAAGCACAUAGAGAAGGGGUACAAGAAUUAUUCAUUUGAAAAUGUAGUUUAUUUUUCCAAUAAAUCGGGGUAUUCUUUAGCAGUUAA